CCUCAGACCUGAUGUGCCCUCCCCUUGCCCGCGCACAAAUCCUCUUUCCCUCGUUCAAAUCGGCACAGUAGCGCUCAUACAAGAUUACUAGAGCAUUGUAGGGCAAGCGCGCCCGAGAUUCAUAGCAGGCACACGAUGGCCUCGAAUGGAUUGAUUCCGUCUCCCUCGCUGGAUGCAAUUCUAGCAGCCUCGCCACGUAACCCAUCCCCCGACACGCUGCUGUUGUCCAGCUCCCCAAAUUCCGCAGAUCUUUCGUCGUCCGGGAGUAACACCGAGUCUUCUGGGGAACCCGACCCGCAGAUCAUCGAGGCUCUUAGAAGCAAAGAUCGACUUUACGUGCUCAAACUCGGUGAGCAGAUGGAGAGUCUCAUCUCUGAACGCGGGACUCGAAUAACGCUUAGCCCGUCAACUACCUACCAGCGGAUGCUGGUCCACAGAUGCUCUGCUUAUUACAAGCUCCAGCCCGAGAGUGAUGCCGCAACAAAAGGCAUCACAGUCUUCUAUCGCUCAGAGAGUCGAAUUCCCGUUCGCAGGAUUUGCGAACUUGUCCCUUUGGAGGAGUCGGCGCAGCCGACCAUCAAAAUCAUGAGACGAAGCACCAAUGAAGGUCCGAAGAGUCGACAGAACUCGCAGGCAGGGUCUGUCACUGGCGAGGAAGCCGACUCUUCAGAUGUGGACGAAGCUGGCAGCAUUGUCAGCGGCCGAAGUGGGCGGAGCGCUGCUACAGGCGGUAGCGCGAAGAGGCACCUCACACUCGAAGAACGUGAGGCGGCGUACAACGAGGCUCGGUCACGGAUAUUCAUGGACUUCGAGGAGAAGGAGAAAGAGAAGGAAAAAGACAUGAGCGCAAACUCGUCGACUUUCAGUCUUGUAUCCGGCUCCGCUUCCACCAGCGGCGGUGGGCGCGGCAGUAGUAUUGGCGAUUUGGACGAUUCCGCUAGUUCUGCCGCGACGGAGAGCGAGUGGUCAGGGCCUGUCACUCGUGACAAGCGUGAUGGUCGACGUGGAGGAUCCGGAGGCUCGUCAUCUCGAUCUCUCAGAUCAUCGAACACAUCAUAUAAUGCCAAUGGAUCAGGCAGCUCGCGCAACUCUAGAGCCACGUCACCCUCCUUCACGUAUGCAUCUCUUUACGAACCGCCCCCCGUGGAUGUCCCGUACGGUGCUCCUCCAACAGGGUACAUGCCGCCUUACAUGUAUCCCUACGGGCCUACUCCAGGACACACGCCCACUUCGCCACCGUAUGGCUACCCGUACUAUAUGCCCUACGGGUAUCAGCCUCCUCCAACCGACUCGGCCAGUCUUCCGGCGCACGAAUCCAUGUACCCCCCAAACCCUCCGCACAUGGGAUAUUUGCCCCCAUACGGAUGGCCCCAGACAUCGCAGGCUCAAGCAUAUCCCCCACCGCCUGCAUCGCAACAUCACAGCCCUGGAAAUGGUGGACUUGCGCUUCCCCCUCUUCCUGCGCAUCCAUCGUCACCUCAGCAUCAGCAGAGCGCCACACAGCCGCCAUAUGCGAGCUACUUCCCUUCACACCAGUACAAUCCUUACGCGACGUAUCCUCCUCCGAUGGCUUACCAACCGCAAGGCCAGUACGCACCGCCUCCGCCGCAGCUUUAUGUACCCGACAUGGCCGCCAACGGGUCUGGGGGAUACAUGAAUGGCGGCGGAAGUGGAGCGGGCAGCAGCAAUCAUAGCCGCGCGUCUUCGCGGAGCAGCCAUAAUGGCCAGAGCAAACGCGGCGCUCCUCGAGCGCGGGCAUCAUGGAGCUACGGACCUGGUGCUGGGAACAACGGAUACACGUACAACUUAAACAGCAUCGGCAGUAGCAUGGGAGGGACCGAGACGGUUGGACCAAGGUUAAGCUCUUCCACCAGGAGAAUCUCAACGACAUCAAGCGCGGGCGGCAGUGCUGGAGUUCGAACGCCCGGCGACGAGGCUUCUUCGACUACAUCUUCCUCCACAACGUCUUCGCGAACAACGUACACCUCAACGUCCUCAAAGCAUCCCCUACCUCCAAGACCAGAUUGGGCAGUGGGCCUGAAGGCGGAACCAGUCCUGCACGCCACACGGCAUCACCACGACCACAGCAACGCAAACUCACGAAACAUGUCUCCCGCGCGGCUCGGGGGGCAGAACCAGCAUCAGCCACAACCCGCCUGCAGGCCAACGACUUCCCGCCGCUUUCAUCGGCAGCCGAACGCCGGUACCGCGCUCGUGCAUUAUCCCAACGCGCAGCAGCCCUCUGGCACCGCUCCGCGCAUGGAGGACCACGAGUCUGGCUUCGACCGGCCCCGCCCAAGGGGAGCGCGGAGCUUUUCAACCCGAAGGGCACGCCUCGCGCGGCUGCACCACGCGGAUGGGCUCAGGAGAGACAGCGGAGUCCUUAAGCAAAACGGUUCAACACAGGGCGAUGCUGGUUCUGUGACGGCUCUGGCGGAGAAGGUUGGCGGCAUCUCGUCGAAGAACGUCAGGGUGAGGUCGACGGCGCACCCAGUGCUGCCCGAACGGCGUGUCGGCUCCCCGUCGGGGUCGCAGCUGACGGCCCGAAAACCAGGUGAAUCGUAGGUGUAUACAUCGCUCUCGACGUGUCGUAUAGCUAUCGGGACGCUCUGACUUGGCUGUCGCAUUGUAAUUGUCUGGUCGACUGGUGUAUUGCGAGUACGUUAUAUCGCCGCGCGCAUCACUCGCUGUUGUAUUCGCAUAUCUUGAGAGAGAGUAACUUAGAGAAUAUAGCCACGUAAUGAGCAUUCA